CAGCCACAUGUGAAUUUUUUAUGCUCCGCAACUGGAAUGCACUGGCAGCCAUAGCUCGUAUCUACACAAUCCCUACGCAAUGCAGUAGGAAGCUAUCCUUUCAGGCUUGUCACAAUGUCCGUAAUAUUGCCUUACUUGCCCACAUAGAUUCUGGAAAGACUACCCUCACUGAAUCAAUUUUAUUUGCGUCAUCUUUCACCUCGUCACCUGGGACGGUUGAUACUGGCAGCACAACAACAGAUUUCCUCCCUGCAGAGCGGGAGCGAGGAAUCACGAUUCAGUCCGCUAGCAUUCCAGUGAAAUGGCGUAACUGGACAUUGAACCUCAUUGAUACUCCAGGCCACGUUGAUUUUGGAAUGGAAGUAGAAGCUGCCAGCAGAGUGGUGGAUGGUGCUGUUCUCUUGCUAGACUCCGUUGAAGGUGUGGAAGGACAAACCCUUGGCGUUUGGGGGCAAUUGAAUCGGCACGAGGUCCCCACUCGGAUGGUAUUCCUGAAUAAAUUGGAUCGACCGGGGGCAUCGGUGAGAUCCUCAAUCAAGUCUAUCCUCGCACAUAGGUUGCAUCCUUGUCCGAUUGUUAUGUGCCUCCCGAUUGCUUCGUUUGAUUCAUCCCGUUAUAUCUCUGGAGAACCAGGAGUAUGCGGCAUCGUAGACCUUGUCAAGUGGGAAGUGUGGAAAUGGAGCAGCACUUCUAAUACUUCUGACGCGAAGCCGUCAUGUCAUCCCCUUCUUCGCGAGGGGACUACCGAAGGUUCUGCCCUUUUUUCGGAGGGACACCCAUUGCUAAAAGAGCUUAUGAUUGCUCGGGAGGCAGUCAUCGAUUCCCUCUGUGUUCGUUCUCCUGACCUCAUGAACAGUUUCCUCUCUCUUGAUUCGCACUACCCUUAUCUCGCGCUCCCUAACAAUGAAAUCAUUAAAACUUUACGCCAGCUCACCCAAAGUCGGGAUAUUCUGCCAGUAUUGUGUGGCUCCGCUCUUAGACAUGUCGGAACCGACCUUCUUCUGGACUACAUCGGAGAAUUAUUGGCCUCUCCACUUGAUACGAUGAGACUAGAGACUGGAGAUUAUCAGAUAGUUUCGAAUGGGAUGCAACAACCUGUGACUCCAUCGCUUUCCGAGGUUGAGCUGCAAGCGCUCGCUUGGAAGGUCGCAUGGGACAGUCAGCGAGGCUGGAUGACUUUCGUUCGGAUCUACUCCGGCACAUUGACUCGACAGACAAUACUGUUCAAUACUUCAUCUCUCCAGAGAGAACGACCCUCCAAGCUCCUCCUCAUGUACGCCUCAGAUCCUCGGCCCGUUGAGCAGCUCAGCUUCGGGUCCGUAGGGGUUAUCCUGGGUUUGAAGCAUACUAGAACGGGGGACACGCUUGUAUCUACAACUUGGCAGAAUCGAAGGUCAAAGCGCCAGGGGAACGAAAAUGGGGAGCAUCAGACCAAAUUGAGGAAUAUCACUCCUCCAACCGCCGUCAUAUCCGCAUCCGUUCUGCCCCACUCUCAGAGUGAUGUAAAACCUGUCCAGCAAGCCCUUGAAGCUCUCAUUCGCACUGAUCCUUCUGUUCGAGUAACAGACGAGAAAUCGAGAAAUGAUGAAUCUGGUGGCCUAUCUGCAGCGUCAAGUGAUGGUCAGACCCUCAUUCACGGUCUUGGUGCUCUCCAUCUGGAAAUUGUUGAGCGUAGACUGAAGGAAGAAUGGGGUGUGCGCUGUUCUUUUGGGAAACGUCAGGUCAGUUAUCGAGAAGCUCUUGGCAUGGCAAACGGAGAGGAGGGUGACGAGGUUGAUGAAAUAUUCGAGCGGGAGAUCAAUGGUCAACCCGUCAAUGCUGCCGUUAAGCUUCACGUUCGACCUCUGAAUGCCAAAGAAGUUGACUUCAUACGAGGUUACAACGAAUGGGGAGGAAACGUAGUAGUAGAUCACAGAGGGAGGCUCUUGUCUAAUCCAGCGAACGCAGGACAACCCGACGGCUCCCACAUAAUUUCAAGUGUCCUUCCAACUCAAUCCAGCGCCCCCUUGUUGACGCCCGUUCUUCAAGGAAUUGCGAAUGCUCUCGCUACUAGCCCUCAUUCCUAUCUACCCUUGUCCCAUGUGCAUAUUCAGAUACUGAAAAUCGGCUCCUCAAGUUCCGCUGCGCCGGCCCAGUCACCGAAAGCGGCUUCUUCCGCGAGCAGUGCACCCACCCUUCCACCUCCUGCCAUUCUCAUGGCAGCCGCGUCGCAUGCCCUUCGUACAGCCAUCCGGCGUUGCGGCCCUGGAGACUUCCUUGAACCUUUCAUACAAGUGAAAGUAAACGUGGCAGAUGAGCAUCUAGGGAAAGUCAUCAGGGACCUUAUCGAAGGUGGCGGUGAAGUUGUGGACAUGGCAAUGGGUGAGCAAGAAGCUGUGGCAGGCUACGAAGAGGAUGGUGUCUAUAUUCCGCCUGCGUGGGUAACACCGACGAGUGGUUCCCUUAAUCAAGCAUCGAGUUCUGAGCAUGGAGGUGCACAAGUAAUGCUUAAACGUUCUGUGCAUGCCUUUGCUCCUCUGAGUUCCAUGCUUGAUUAUUCGACACGCCUUAGGGCUCUAAGUGGCGGUAUGGGUGCAUUUGAGAUGAACGUGGAAGGUUUCAGAGUUGUCUCACACGAGACGAGGAAGCAGGAGAUUCUAAGGGAGCUAGGAAGAGCCUAAACUAUUGGUACAUGACGGGUCUACGUCGAUCGGAUUAUUCCAGUCGUUCUUUCGCUUACAAAUCGUUAGUUCCACCAGACGGGGAAAACCGAAGAACGUGUCGAACAGACGAGCUUAGGUGACACCACCCGAUGUAAGUGCACGUCCGGAAAGUAAUGUAGCUGGUGGGGAGGAUGGGGUGCUGCCAAUGACAAGAG